AUGCUCCCGUUCUAUAUCAAUCUCCUCCGAAACUUCCCUCAAACGGCCGAUGUUAAGUCAGCCGACCAGCUGUUAGAAGAAUCCACGAGGAAACUUAUAUGGCAGCACCUGCUGGGUGAAGCCAAUAAAAAGAAGUUCUACUACAGUACAGCGGGAAAUGUCACGUUAAGGUUGGUGGGUAUUACCAUGAUCUCCAAAAUCCUAAAAGAAGGAACCAACGGUGCUCCCUAG